UAAUAAUACACCUCUCCACGAUCUGGCAGCCCGGCUGAACAUAUGAUUUUGAUGAAAACACACGAAAAGGAGGGAAAAACUGGAAUUGUUUGUAACUUGUUUGUUUUGCUGUUAAAACCCAAACCAAACCCAAGAUGGGUGGCGGAGAUCUAAAUCUAAAGAAAUCAUGGCAUCCGCACACGAUGAAAAACCAGGAGCGCGUUUGGAAGGCGGAGGAGCAAGCGAAGAUGGAGGAGCGCAAGCUGCAGGAUCUGCGCAAGGAGAUCAACGAGGAGCGGGACAGAGAGGAACUGAGGCGGCUGGGCGAAAGUUCAGGAGUGCUGAGCAAUAAUGGGGGAGCCGCCGGCGAAGCCAAGCUGGAGUGGAUGUACAAAAAUAGCACAGAGCUGAUCAACCGCGAGGAGUACCUGCUGGGCCGCAAGAUCGACAAGUCCUUUGAGACUCUGCAAGCGGAGGAGAGCCGCCAGGAGCAGAACACGGUGGGUCUCAAGCAGUCCAUCAACCAUGUGGAACACGACUGUGUGCCCUUCUCUAUCCGGACGUACCGCAAUCUGCAGUCCAACGAACAGGUGGACAUACAGCGCAAAACGCUCGAGGAUCCCCUAAUGCUCAUCAAGCAGCGCGAGAUGGAAUCCCGCCGAAAACUACUUGAGAACCCCGUCAAGCUGAAGGAAAUCCAUCGCAUCCUCAAGACUGAACAGGAACAAAAGGCAGCCAAGGAUAAGAAGGUCAAGAAGAGCAAAAAGUCCAAGAAAUCCAAAAAGAAGAAAAAGAACCGACGAUCCAGCGAUGAUGAAAGUAAUGACAGUGAGAGCAAUGAUAGCGACGAUGAUUUGGACAGAAAAUUAGCCCGCCAAGUAAGCAAGCUUAAGGGAGACCAAGGUGAACUUAAACUGGACAAGCUGCUGGACGCCAAGUACCGCACGAUUUCCAAGCAAUUAGACAUGGCUACCAAGAAAAAGAGCAAGAAAUCCAAGAAGAAAAGCAGCGAUAGCAGUGACGAGAGUAGCGACAAAGAGGAAAAGCCCAAAAGACAACGAUCUAGGGAACCAGAGCCCAGGAGAAGGAACAAGAGGAGCCACAGCUCUGAAGACAGAAAUCAGCGAGAAAGGCGCAGGAGCAGAAGCCCACGGGAUAGAAAAAAGCGACAGAGCAGAAGCCCGGAACAAAGGCAGAGGCAAAGGAGUCCAGACGAGAGAAGGGAAAGGCGUAGGAGCAGAAGUCCCUUAGCGAGAAGGGAGAGAAGAAGCAGGAGCCCAGAGGACAGACAAACCAGACGGUAUCGCCCAGAUGAAAGCAAGGAAAGUUCAAGGCAGCGCGAGAAACGUAGGAGUAGGACACCAGAAGAGCGUUCCAGAUCAAAACGCAGCAGGAGCCGAAGUUCGAAACGAGAUGACAGGCGAAGGUUUGCUGAAAGGCCGCCCCAGCGAGGGGAAAGGGAACGCAGUCCUUCGCCCAGUCGUCCCACCGGCAAGCCUAAGCUAAGCGCCGCCGACCGAGAAGCUCGUCUGCGCGAAAUGAUGGACAACGCCACUUGGAGGGAAGCCGACCGCACCCAAGUUGUUCGCAAGCACCGAGAAGCGUACGCUCGUGAGGAGGCCCAAAACCGCGAACGAGACUUCGACAAGGAGUUCAUUAACAAGGAGGUUAAGAAGGCCAUUGCCAACCAGAACUCCAUAGGCGAUCGCAUCCGGGCCAAUCUCAACAACAUACAGCGUACCGCCUCCUCAAUGGACAGCAACUUUGCACGCAAAUAAACUAGGAUUCCUUUAUUUCGUAUGCAUUAUAUGGUUCCGCAACAAAUAGAUUCAACACUUUUUAA